GUUCGGGGAACUCCACAUUCCAUUGAAGCAACAGAGUGUGGUGUUUAUCCUAUAGAGGGAUAAGCCUUUAGUGUUUUACAUGGCACUAUAGACACCUGGUCUCGGGGACAUAAGGGUGAUAAUCUAUAGCUCUUGUAAACAGGGCACCACUGUGCUCUGUGCUGGGUCGGUAGGUAAGGAGAGGCCGGGGCGCUUGUGUGGCACUUGUGCCGCAGUUCAGUACUAACUGUCGUCGAACGUGGGCGUUCGUGAGGAUUUAUCUUUGGUAGAUUUUCCUAAUUUCGGUUAAAACCUUACUGAAUUCUGUGUGAUCAUACGAAGUAAAGGAGACAAGGGUCUGCAACUCUUCGUAUUUACCAGGGGGAGAAUUUGGAAUUUGAAUUUGAAUUUCCUCGUCAGGAGACGAGGAAAUUCACUUGUAUAUUUCGCCCGCGUGGAGAUAGAAGAUAACUAUUAUCCUGUGGGAGGAGUGUGUGUGUGUGCAGAGGACUCUUCUUAUUACGUGCUGAGUUUUCCCGUGGGGAGAUCAUCAAAGAUGCCCGUCGACACUGAUGGAGUCCUUUCCCUUGUGAUUGCAGUGUGCAGAGAGGAAGAGAUGGAGGUUGUCAUAAAGGAAACAUUUAUGGGGACACUGUGGAACCUCUUCUUCAAGGCUGGGCCGAACAACUAUGCUAGAGCCGGAUUAGUGGAAAGAUCUGAAUCUGACAACAAACCAAAGCAGAAAACCAAGAGAGUUGAGGUCAUCAUAGAACAAGAUCUGACACCAGAACAGCAUGAAGAACUUGCUGAUUCUGUGAGGUGGCCGCUGCCUUUUCCUCCAGUCCUGAUUCGAACUUCUGUAGGGGAAUCUCCAGAGAAAAUGAGCCUUAUUGUGGUCGUCUGCGCCUCGCCUUCAAAUACUUCGAUUCUCCUUUGUCCCCCUCCAAGUAACGUAGAGGAAUUCGGCGAGCUGACGGAGCUUGCAAAACUCUUCCGAAGAUGCCGCGGCAAGGCGACCCAGGACCCAUCCGCGAGGAGUGCCCUGGUGCGGUGCCUCAGGAAAGGCGGGGUCGCUGAGGGGAGCAGUGCCCGAGGGGGGGCCAAGAGGGGGAGAAAGUCCAAGAAGAAGAAGAGGAAGAAGAGGAAGAACGCGAAGAAAAAGGUGACGUGCGGAGAAACGUACUGCAUGAAGGCGGGAGACAAGAAGAUAUUCCGCGUACGAGCCAACAUGGACGUCUGCGCCAUUUUCGUGCACGGGGACGGGGGCACAGAACUCGAGAUGAACUGCAAGACAUUCGACCUGUCUGCCUGCACGAAAGAAUACUUUUUCGUUCAAGAUCAAACUUCUGAAAAAAAGUUCUGUGGGAAUAAAGGUCCCGAGAAGAUGACGGGGAUACAAGCCGUGUACCUGCUGUACGAGAGAGCCGGGCGGAGUCGAAGGAGGCCGAGGGUGUGGUGUUCCAUCGAGGGGGUGGAGCCUGGUGGUGCGGGCAGCGGCGUCGAGGAUGAAGAUGAGACCAGCUCUGCCGUCCAAGCAAUGGGCUGUGACAAUGUGUGUGGCCAGGCUCCAGCGGGCGCAGGAGCCACCAGGAUCGUGGGCGGGGAGGAGGCGGGCGCGGGCGAGUAUCCGUGGAUGGCCAGGGUGGAUAUCUCCCGCGGCAGUGGCAGCAUCUCGUGUGGAGGAGCCAUCGUCACGACCACGCACGUCGUCACAGCGAGUCAUUGCGUCAACGAUGAAAACUCGGAGGUCACAGUGAGAGCGGGCAUGCAUGACCUGGCCUCGUAUCAGGAGAACACAACCCAGGUUAUCAAGGCCAAGCAAAUUCUCCUGCACCCGGAGUACAGCCCCGUGACUUCCGCGAACGACAUCGCUCUGCUGAGCCUCGAGGAGCCCUUGAAGUGGGCGUCCGGCGUGGGUCCCGUCUGCCUCCCUCCCGGCGCGGACUUCGAGGAUCGCGUGGCGGUCGUCACGGGCUGGGGCGCCAUGGGGUCUCACGGACCGUACGCCACGAAGCUCAACGAAGUAGCUGUUACUAUCACGGACCAGGAAAUGUGUGAAAAGGCUUACAUCUCCUCAACCUUCCAUGUCACUGAUAACCACAUCUGUGCCGCUGAUCCUGGGAAAGACGCGUGUCAUGGUGACUCAGGGGGACCGCUUGUCAUCAAAGAAAACGGGAGAUGGGUUUUGAUCGGCAUUGUGAGCUUCGGCAGAGGGUGUGCCAUGCCAGGAUUCCCAGGCGUUUACACCCGCGUUUCCUCCUACAACACUUGGCUCCUAAAAAAUAUGACUUUUGGAUCGUGUUGACAGUCCUUCAUAUCAAGGGUGUGUCAGGUCCAGUAUGUGAAAUUAAAAUGGCGGAAACUCUU